UUCUGAGCAAUCCUGGGUGUCUGAGGCGAGCAUCUCGGAUUGUGUAGGCUUCGCUCCUCGCCCCUUCAGAGUGACCCAGGGACUCUAGUCUGUGUUCUGCUCCCUUGUGCCCACCUGAGCGUAAUCCCCUCCAAAGCCUCCUGUGGAGUUGCUUGCUUUAUUUUCUACCUUGAACGGAGCAGAAGAACCCAAGGCCAAGGAGGCACAGUAGCUUCCUGUGAGCUGUGGUUCCACCACUGGCAGGGCAAACAGGCUCCGAGAGUCCCGUGCCCUUGGGAAGUUGGUACUAACGAUGUUCAUCUUGUGUGUGCUGGUGACUUGCGUUUCUGCUCUCACCACUUCGUCAGUGGAACACGCAGAAAGGGUUUCUGGAACCCCUACUACGCCAGAGAAACACACAGAGCUUGGAGACAACUGCCAAUUUCGUGGCAGAGAGUUCAAAUCUGAAUUCCGGCUGGAAGGUGAGCCUGUGGUUCUGCGGUGCCCUCUGACGUGGUCUUAUUCAGAUGCCGCUGCCAGUUCCUACCCCUUUCUGACCUGGCGUAAAAUGAACUCAUCUCAGCUGAUCCCUGGAGAUGAGCCAAGGCUGUGGGUGAAGGAUGCCUCCCUCUGGCUUCUGCCAGCAGAGCAGCCGGACUCUGGGACCUACAUUUGCACAUUCAGAAACGCAUCUCAUUGUGAGGAGAUGUCCAUUGAGCUCAAGGUUUUCAAGGACACUGAAGCAUCCCUGCCAUUUGUCUCCUACUCGCAAAUCUCAACCGUUUCUACCACUGGGUUGCUAGUGUGCCCUGACCUGAAAGAAUUCAUUGGCAAAACCGGUGGAAAUGUCCAGUGGUAUAAGGGCUCUGUCCUCUUGGAUAGAGACAGUAAGAAAUUCCUCAGAGUGCGAGACCCUACACGCUUAUUGAUCUCCAACACAUCUCUGGAAGAUGCCGGCUUUUACAGAUGUGUCGCCACAUUUCUCCACAAGGGCACGAAAUACAAUAUCACUAGGAAUAUUAAGCUCCGUGUCGAAGAAAUGACCGUGGAAUCCAUCCCUGUGAUUAUCUCUCCCCUAGAGACAAUACCAGCAUCUCUGGGGUCAAGACUCAUAGUCCCGUGCAAGGUGUUUCUGGGAACUGAUACAUCUUCCAACACCAUUGUGUGGUGGAUGGCUAACAGCACUUUUAUCUCAGUGGCCUACCCGAGAGGCCGUGUGACCGAGGGGCUACUCCACCAAUAUUCAGAGAACGAUGAGAACUAUAUGGAAGUGUCGCUGAUUUUCGAUCCAGUCACAAGGGAGGAUCUGAACACGGACUUUAAAUGUGUGGCCAAGAAUCCAAGGAGUCUUCAGUCACUCCAUACCACAGUCAAAGAAGUCUCCUCCACGUUCUCCUGGGGCAUUGCGUUGGCACCCCUGUCACUGGUCUUCCUGGUUGUGGCGGGAAUAUGGAUGCACAGACGGUGUAAACAGAGGGCUGGACUGACCAGGCUACGGACUGACACCCAGGACUUCCCUUCCAGCCCAAGCCAAAUAAAGGAAAUGAACUAAUACGAGGCCAACCUGUGUCAUGUUGUAUGAAGGUCACUGUGCUGUUCAGAGGCUGGUUUGCUCUGUGUUGUUCAGCAGAGCUUUUCUGUAGCCGGAGCUGGAAGUCCACACGCCACACUUCUCUGAAAAUCGUGCUGGGAGCAAAUGUGUAGGGAAUAGGAGCAGCCCUGUCCCUGUUGGUCCAUGUAUGAGAACAAGGCAUGUGUAGCCACAGCAGCCAUUGAGGUCUUAUGGAGAAUGUGCCCACUGGGCUUGACCCUUAGUACAGUAAUGUCCUUCUUCACCCAUCCAAAACAAGAAGCCAUUAAUCUUGAGUAAGAGGGAAACCCUCCAGAGUGCUUUGAAAGUCCAUCCGCCCUUUCAAUUAAAUUGUGCUAGAAGUCUGUUUAGUCAGGCUGAUGGGGGAUACUGGGGGCACAAAGAUGCUUAAGACAAUGUGCCCAGAAAGGACGAUUUUCAUUUGAAUUCUGGAAGGACAAUUUGGAAAUACUGAAACGGAAGAGUAAGGAUUAGUGAUUGAAAAUGAACAAUUAUGGGGCUGGAGAGAUGGCUCAGUGGUUAAGAGCAUUGCCUGCUCUUCCAAAGGUCCUGAGUUCAAUUCCCAGCAACCACAUGGUGCCUCACAACCAUCUGUAAUAAGGUCUGGUGCCCUCUUCUGGCCUGCAGGCAUACA